UGAGGGAAAAGCACCUGCACGAGCUCCUGAACAGCAUAAAGGAUUUGCCAUCCUGUGGGUAUGCUCAUUAUAGCACAAAGGCUGAAGAGAGAGGCGGGCCCCGGCCGCAACACUCGCGGAAGAAGAAAGACAUCACUCUGUUGAUAAAGCACAUAAGCAAAUACUUGAAGGACGAAGUGCUGCUGAACAUGCUGCACACGUUGUACCUGGGCAUAUGCGUGGACGGCGCUGUUUUGGCCAACUCCACCAAGGGGGGACAAAAAAACGUGAAAGAAAAAGAAGAGAAAAAAAAAAACUUGCCCAUCUCAAACAACGCACACAUUUUGGAAGACAUAGAAACGUAUGAAGGCUACUACGAGGUGUACCACAAAAUGGAGAGAAUGCGAAACGCAAGUAAGUACAGCAUUUUUCUGAGCAGUGUAAGGAAGAAAAUAAAAACGAUAGCUAGUUUGAAGAGCCUAAAUGGGUGCUUAAAAAAGUACAUAGCAAAUUUAAAAACAAUUCCUUUUUACUUCUUUUUGGAUGAUUUUUUCGACACCCCAUGUUAUGUGUACAACAAAUUAAUUAGCAACAUCUUACGAUAUUAUUACAAAGGAAUAUUUCUCUACUUCAUCAUUCUUCUUGGGUGCAUUCACGUAUUUUUUUCUCCCUUCCCAAUUACGCUGGUACAUUUUCGGCGAUUUUUUAUUUACUUUUUAAUAAUAAUGUAUCGCCUGUUCAUUCUGUAUUUUAUCCCAUCCAUAAUUCAGUACAUCAUUUAUAAAUUUCAUUACUUCAAAGAUGAGGAGCACAUGCAUAUAUUUGACUACUCAGAUCACGUGAUUUUAUUUUCCACCCUCCUGUUUAUUAUAUCUCUUGAAACAAAGGCUAUUGAGUACACCAUCAGACAUCAGAAGGUCAGCUCAGAUUACUUCCAUUUUAAGUACAACAGAAAAUUGUGUGUGUUGUUAUUAAAGUUUAUUUUGUUUUAUUACUACGUUCUUAUUUUUUUUUUCCUUUACACAAGUUAUUUUACUUCGAAAUAUUUCCAUACCACGAAUGAAAUUUUCGUUGCUUAUUUUUUUUCCACAUUUUCCAUAUUUUUUAUUUUUUAUUUUUGUUUAUAUAAAAAUUAUUUCAGUUUUUACAGUAUAGGGAUUACUUCCUAUGUGCAUAAGAAUGCCCUCCAUUCUCCUCCACACUCGUUUCACGCUUCCCCCUAUAUUUACAGUGCCUACGCCUCCCUGCGGGACAAGUUCCCCGUGGAUU